AGUGGUUCAGUGCUCAGACAAAGGUGUGGACAAAGUUCCGUACGGCAUUCCCUACAACUCUCGCUACAUUCUCCUCAUGAACAACCACAUCAAUAGCAUUCAGCUGGAUCUUCUUCGUGAAUACGCUUCCAUGGAGUUCCUAGUGUUAAGCAACAACCUUCUCACCAACGGUGCCAUAGAAGGAGCCUUUGACGGUGUCCCAGCUCUAAAACGUCUCUACUUGGACAAGAACAUAUUGGAAAGCAUUCCAACAGACCUUCCUGUCUCUCUGGAGGAGCUUCGUCUGGAUGAUAACCAACUUCAUGUGAUGUCUGAGGCAGCCUGGGAUCGAUGUCCAGGACUCUUGGUUUUGAGUCUCAGCAACAACAGUCUAGGGAACGGUUCAGAGUCUCUUCCUGAAGGGAUGCUCUCACCACUUUGUAACCUUCGCACCCUGAACCUCAAUCACAACCUGCUGACCAUGGUUCCUUUACGUUUGCCUGUGUCAAUCAAGGAGCUCUACCUCAAAGGGAACCGCAUUGAGAAAUUUCGUGUUGGGGCUUUCAAUGGGAUUUCAGAGCUACUGGUGUUAGAUCUUAGUGAAAACAGGCUCACCAACAAAGGUCUUCUCAAGGACUCCUUCCUCAAUGUAACCCACCUGGAAAGCCUAAACCUGGAAGGCAACAAACUGAAGCAGGUGCCCCAACACCUCCCCUCCUCAUUAAAAACUCUCAAUUUAGAAGGAAACCUUAUAGUCUCAAUUAGGAAGUCAGCAUUCAACACACUGAAGAACUUGGAGCAUCUUGGCCUGGCUAAGAACAAAAUCACUAGAGUUGCAAUAGGUGCUUUUAAAAGUCUGCACGUCCUGCACCAGUUAGACCUUUGCCACAACACUUUGCUUCAGGUGCCCAGACAGUUGCCACAUGAUCUACACUCCGUAGCAUUGACACACAAUAAGAUUCAAUCGGUUCCCCGUGAUGCUUUUUGCUGGGGUGGUAAAAGUCUGAGUCCGAGCAGCCUCGUACAGGUACAACUGGAACAUAAUUUGAUUGAUAUGGGGAAACUGGAUACACAGGCUUUUAGGUGUUUAAGGGGGUUUCAGGUGGUACACUUCUAAUGAACUGAUGAAAAUUAAAGACAUUUUCAGUGGCCUCAUAAAACAACAGUACAAGCUUCUGUCAAUAAAGAAUAUUUAUUGAAAAAUUAAAUUAAGUUCUGAGUACUAUUUCAAGGCUAACAUGAUCCCCUCAAUGUAAAAAAAAGCUCACUUCUCCCAAACUUACUACUAAUUAUAUUUAACUAUUGCUAUACUUUUUGCUUGUUCAGGUAUUUCUAGACAAACCUUGUUUAUCAUAAUUUGCAUUUGUUGGAACUCUUGAAAAGAAUAAUUUAAACGUAUAGACGUAAUACUGUUGUUCUCUAUUUAUCCACUAGAUGGUAGUAGUUUAUAAGCAAGACGGUUUAAGGGCGUGUCAAAUGAGAUCUCAAGACGUUGAAUUUGACUCAUUUCCAGUCAGCAAAUACUGAGUUUGUGGCAAAUGAAAUGCAUAUGUUUCAGGAAGUUUAUCUAGUGGUUAAAUGAGUGCUGUGUGUAUUUAUGGCUUGACACCAGUCUGCAAAUGAAGAAAUGUGAGCAGCACAUCAUCAAUCAUAGCACAUCGUUAGCUGUUAUCUUUUAGUAGUUUUUGACAUCAUUUGUGGAUGAAACACAUAUGAGGAAGCGAUUUGAUGAGGAAA